AUGGCAGCGCCCACAGCCCAGAAAGUGCAGGAAAUCCGUGAGGUUACCAGAAUUGAACGUAUUGGUGCCCAUUCCCAUAUUCGUGGCCUUGGUCUUAAUGAUGGUCUUGAAGCCAGGGAUGUUUCCCAGGGAAUGGUUGGACAGGCCAAAGCACGAAGAGCUGCUGGUAUCAUUAUGGAAAUGAUAAAGGAAGGGAAAAUUGCUGGACGAGCCAUCCUCAUUGCUGGUCAGCCAGGUUCUGGAAAAACUGCUAUUGCUAUGGGUAUGGCUCAAGCUCUUGGGGUGGAUACACAGUUUACAAGUAUUGCUGGUAGUGAAAUCUUUUCCUUGGAAAUGAGUAAAACUGAAGCUCUGACUCAGGCUUUCCGCAAAUCUAUUGGAGUUAGAAUAAAAGAAGAAACAGAAAUUAUUGAAGGUGAAGUUGUGGAGAUUCAGAUUGACAGACCAGCCACUGGGACUGGUGCCAAGGUUGGUAAAUUGACUUUAAAGACAACUGAAAUGGAAACUAUUUAUGAUUUGGGGCAAAAAAUGAUUGAAUCUCUGACCAAAGAAAAAGUUCAAGCAGGUGAUAUUAUCACUAUUGAUAAAGCUACUGGCAAGAUAUCAAAGCUUGGAAGAUCUUUCACACGUGCUCGAGACUAUGAUGCUAUGGGACCACAGACUAGGUUUGUUCAAUGUCCUGAAGGUGAGCUGCAAAAGAGAAAAGAAGUGGUGCACACAGUUACCUUACAUGAAAUUGAUGUAAUCAACAGCCGGACACAAGGCUUCCUUGCUCUUUUUUCAGGUGACACAGGUGAGAUUAAAAGUGAAGUAAGGGAGCAGAUUAAUGCCAAAGUAGCAGAGUGGAGAGAAGAAGGUAAAGCUGAAAUUGUUCCUGGAGUUUUAUUCAUUGAUGAGGUUCACAUGUUGGAUAUUGAGUGCUUUUCCUUUUUGAACCGUGCACUUGAAAGUGAUAUGGCUCCAGUUCUUGUCAUGGCUACCAACAGGGGAAUCACACGCAUUCGAGGUACCCAGUACCAAAGUCCACAUGGAAUACCAAUUGAUCUCCUUGACCGUCUUCUCAUCAUUUCCACUAGUCCCUAUGAAGACAAAGAAAUAAGACAAAUUCUUAAAAUAAGGUGUGAAGAAGAAGAUGUUGAAAUGAGUGAUGAUGCCUUGACUGUUCUAACACGGAUUGGCAUGGAGACAUCUCUUCGUUAUGCCAUUCAACUCAUCACCACAGCCAGUCUUGUCAGCCGUAAAAGAAAGAGCACUGAAGUUGAUGUUGAUGACAUAAAGCGGGUGUAUUCUUUGUUUUUGGAUGAAUCUCGAUCCACACAGUUCUUAAAGGAAUAUCAGCAAGCAUUCAUGUUUAAUGAAAUAUCUUCUGAUACUAUGGACACCAGUUAA